AUGGCGCCGCGGAUGGCAGCCAUGGUUUGUCGCUUUACUAAGAACGAACUCCUGGACAUCAGAAAUAGCACACCAAAUAACUUUCUGCCGACAUUUGAGCAUUCAGAUGUUUUACUGGACAUUUUAGUCAGAGGACAGCUUCACCAGGCCAAAGAGGACACCUACAAGAGUGGGGACAAAGACUUUGCUAGCCUGGACCGUUCCAGUUUGAGUUUUGCUGAUGAAUCUCGAAGCACCAUCCCUGACAGCAACUACAUAGCACUUCUCAAUAACUACAGCCAGAAAUAUAAACAUACACUUGAUUUCAAAUUAGUGGAGAAACGAGGCCCUCCUCACAACCCUGAGUUUGUAUAUAAAGUUGUCAUAGACGGGAAGGAAUACCCUGAAGGACAAGGAAAGAGCGCAAAAGAGGCAAAGCAACAUGCUGCUCAGCACGCUUGGAGCGAAAUUAAGGAGCAAUCUGGAAGGACCACACAGAGUUCUGAAAAUGACAGCUCUUCACAAACUCAAGAGACAUCUAAAUCUCAGGAUGCACAACCCUCCUCAAAAAGCUCGUCUGAAACUCCCAGCUCAAGUUCUUUCAUUGUCUUUAAAGACUCAUCUGCUGUCAGUUCUCCAAUGGCCAUAAGUCCAAGUGUGAGUCCACUGGAUGUGAAGCCCAAAAUAAAAUUAGCACCAAAUUUUAAUCUGUCACCAAAUGGCCUGGCCGGGAGUAAAGAGGUUGGUCCUAACAUGAAUGUACAAAACCCAGCAAAGCCAUCUGGAGGUCAAACUUCAAACCAAGCUAUGAAGUCAAGGUUUUUAGAAGACUUUGACUCAAUAAAUCCAAUUGGCAAAGGUGGCUUCGGCCGUGUUUUCAAGGCAAGACGAAAGCUUGAGAGCACAUAUUAUGCUGUGAAGAUAGUGAAGAGUACAAAAAAAGCUCGUCGUGAGGUCAGUGCUUUGGCUAAGUUUAAUAACGCCAACAUCGUCCGCUACUACUCAUGUUGGGUCGAGGACACGGCAUACAGACACGAUUCUUCAGAGAGCUACAGCCUCUCAGAUUCUGGCAGUGACCCGGAAACAAAGUUCCUCUACAUUCAGAUGGAGCUUUGUGAGGGAGACACGCUUCAUGCCUGGAUUGAUAAAAGAAACUCUUCAGAUGUUCAUGACCCAGAGAGGAGGAAGGAGGCAGCACAGAUCAACAGGCAGGUGCUGAAGGCCGUGGAGUACAUCCACAAAGAGGGCUUGAUCCACAGAGACCUGAAGCCUUUGAACAUAAUGUUCAGCAGUGAGGGAACAGUAAAGGUUGGAGACUUCGGCCUCGUGACCGCAGCAGAAAAUGACAAUGACCAGCAACUGCUGGUACGGACUAAAAGGACAGGAACCCGUAUUUACAUGAGCCCAGAGCAGGCGAAUCAAACAUCGUAUGACAGAAAGGUGGAUAUAUACGCUCUGGGUCUCAUUUAUUUUGAACUCAUCUGGAAUCUCUUCACGUUGCAUGAAAGGAAAAAGAUUUGGGAUGAUAUAAGAAGUAGGGAUUUUCCAUCACAGUUCUCCAAGAAAUGUAACUUUGAGCACAAGCUCAUAGAUCGAAUGCUGAGUCCCAGUCCUGACGAGAGACCAGACGCCUCCGAGCUGAUCAGAGAGCUGGACCGGUAUACUAACAUCCUGAAAGCAGAUAAAGACAACAGGACCGUUUAAUGAGAUCUCAUCUCUUAUAUGCCUUUAUAAUAAUAACAGUUGCUUAUACUGUAACAUUCAAGGUGAAGCAUUUAGCAGAUGCUUCCAUAGAGCAACUUACAAAAAGGUUCACACGGCAAGUGUGCAAUUCUAAAAAAAAAACUACGAGGGGGAAGUUGAUGUAAAAAUAAAAAUUCAUCAUUUACUCAUCCUUAAUGCCGUUCUUCUGUGGAAAGUAUGUAGUAGAAUGCCUGCUGUGUUCUGUAGAACACAAAAGAAAGAAAAACAAGAGCAAAAAGCUAUAAAGUCAGU